AGGUAUCAGAACUAAAUAUCUCUACAUGCCGGCGUGGUAUUAAGAGUGCAUUCAAAACACAUUGACACAUUUCAGGGUCAGCUAUCAAAAGGUGUGCACUUCUGGGUUUAAAUGCAUUAUCUCAAGGCUAAUGAGUAUUACUUAAUUAACAUGGUGGGUAUAAGAAAGAAGGUGUCUUGAAGUCAUUGGUCCAUGGUAAACUAUCAGCACUUUAAUUGCGUCAAAAAAAAAAAAGGAGAGAGAGAAGGAACGAACAGGGGAUAUUCAGCACUACAGAUGUGUAUCUGCAAUGGCUGAGCCAUGAAUGGGGCCUUUGUAGAAUGCCAUAAUAUUAUCCCCCAAACAAAGUUUGUGCCGGCUGUCUGGACCCUUACGUGAAAGAAUUCUACCUGGCAUUAAGAGUUUGUUACAUAGCAGCGUUUUACAGGUGUGUAUUCCUUAUGCGCUUGACUUGAUGUGACAGUCUUUUGAAGCCUUUUUUUUUUUUGCCGUUCAAGGAUGUACAUGUAGAUUAAGCCGGAAUCACAGACAGUUAACAAGCCACGCUGGACAGCUCGGGUUGUUGUUUGUUUGUGAAGGGAUUAUCUGGAAGUUCUAUUAGCACUUACCUAAUACAUUCAAUCGGUGGCACCGUCUGCCCAUUGUUCUCCUGUUGACCGACCACUCCAUAAAGCUUUAAACUCUGGCCAGGUACAAAUACCAGAGUGACGGUGACCAGACUCUCGUAAGCUCCGUGAUUUCCCGAUGGCCUGCGCCAAAGACGAUCCUCAUCCCUAAGACAGAGCAGGGCUACGGCUUCACCCUCAGGCACUUCAUCUUCUACCCCUCCAGUGCUACAGCCCAGCAACAGAACCUAGAAAGAGAACAAUAUGAUGGAAAUCAAGGUCCCUCCUACAAGCGAAAACGACUCAGUUUCCUGGAUCCAAUGGACACCAUCUUCGUUAAAAAUGUCCGAACUUAUAGUCCCGCCUACGACGCAGGCCUAAAGACAGGGGACCGAGUCAUCACAGUCAACGACCAAUCCGUGUCGCAGAAAUCGUACGCUCAGGUGAUCGGGCUCAUCCAGCAGAGCGAGGGGACGCUCAAACUAGAGGUGCUACCAAAAGACGAGACCGACGGUCAGGAGGAUCCUUGUCAAGUUGCUCACAAAAGUCCUGAACAACUUCACCAGGCGGAACUCUGUCACAACGCUGAAGUAGACAGUCCCGCCUCUAACAGGAAAUCACCUUUUCGUCGAUUCAUCUCCAGUGACGAACUACGAGAGAGGCCCAGAUCUCUUCUGGCCAGAGAAGAAAUAGCUCCAAAGUCCGAGGACAGAAUUUUACUGAAAAGCAUGGAUCCCCCGAGUAAAUUAAAAACAUCUACGUCUUAUACUUCAGGAUUGAGUGUUUUUCGUGAGCCAUGGAAUUCAGCUGGAAAUCGUCAGAAGGAGUCUCCAUCUCGUGAAUUCCUGGAAAGGAGACAAGAUUUUGAGGUGAGAGCUAAGGAAAAUAACGGAAUGCCGGCCAAUAAGGCUUAUUCUUAUGGAUUAUUUUACGACAAAACGAAAAGUGUGAAUGACCUUUCAACAGCGGUUCCGCGGCGCCAGGAGCAUGUGCUUCAUCCUACGGACUCGCAGGAAAAUAUAUCAAAAUCAAACAAAAGUGAAACAAGGGUGAUUCCCCUUGAGAAUAGACGAUCAAGGGAGAUGAUUCAAGACAAAACAGGAUAUGGUCUCUCUUCAUCUUCACGGCAUAGUUUUCCCGAUUCAAUCUCAGGUCGUCAUUCUGCCUCCCUUUCUACGGGACUUCAAAACACUUCUAAUUCGAAGUCGGAAUAUCAUACUUCAACUCGGCAAUAUAUCCCAGUGGUCUCUGCUCAACCGUCUGCCGCACAUAAGAUGUCAGCUAGCGUGGACAGCUUGGACUCUAGUUCUAGCUACCAUACCCCUGACAGAAACGUUCGAACGCGAGUUUACGAACAACCGAACCAAGGGGGUGGACGGACUUUUAUCGUGAAGAUUGGAGAUCGCCAUUAUGAAGGAGGGGUAAGCCAAGGAAAUGCACAGAGUGAUGUGUCCGGAAAUGCUGUUAAACAGGCACCCCGGUACGGCACAGCUUUCGCACUGACACGAUCUCCGAUGUCAAGCAACGGGGAUCAGGGGAGAGUGGUGUCGCAGAAGAAAUUCAUGUUUGAGAAUGGCAAAAGUGACAAAACUCAGAGUAAAUCGCCGGUUGUUCAGGAGCGUUACAAAACAGAAAUCGAUAAAAUCACGUCUCAUGGAAAGUUCAGCAGUGUGGCAACAAGAGUGCAAAGUUUCGAAAAGGAGGAACCUCAACCAAGUUCAAACAUUCGAAUUCAUCGACGUUCAUCUCAGGAUCGCUGUGUUUCCAUGCCACCUGAUUCAUUAGGCCAAUCAAGUCAUACAUCUCAACAGCCUUAUCAGGAACAAGCACCAAUCAGAAUCUAUGUCUCACAGGGCUCUGGGAAUAACCCUGGCUCGCCAAUCGUUGAAAUAGUUCCUAUGUACCCCAACAGCAGCAAUAAGACUGUCACCUCCUCUCAGGAGAUGUCUCCACAGCCCAUCAUCCACAUCAAGCAGUCGGAUGAUGUGGAUGGAGCAGCCCUGAGUUGUCAUCAGGAGGAAGACACAGGUCAUCUAUCAAAGCCGGUCCGAAAACCAUCAUUUCUGGCUGCUGUCAAUGGCUCUCAGCAAAGAUACUCUGGGAGCCGUUCCAGUUCAGAACGCCUGUCCAGUCCGGAACCUUCCUCCCUCCACCAUUCCAGUCCACCCUGGGAUUCACUAAACCUCCUCCCUCCCGGCUCUUUCUCCUCAGAGUCAGAUCUAUCAUCCAUUUCUCAUUGCACUGGCUUAGCAUUUACUAGUACCCCUGUCAGGGAACCAGCUAAAGCAGUUUUACGAAAAAAGAACAAAAUACUACCUGUUACGACAGCUGAUGACUUGGCCCUUCCAAGUUCACCAAUCAAAGACGUCAAAUCCACGGUGGUACUACGACGGAAAUCAGAAACAUCUCCUGAAGAUGAGGCAAUCAAGUUACAGAGGAGAACCUCCUACCUCAUGGCAACUGCCAAAGACCGGGACUCUCACAAGCUGUCAUUGGACAAGACUCAUUCACCUAGCCAAUCACAGACUGAGAUACAUUUACAAAUCACGACCCCCCAUCAGAAACCCUCCAUGAGGAAACUGAAAUACUUCUUUGGGGAAAAAACUCCAAGGAUUAUUGAGGCGACAGAGAGAAGACAGGACCCAGCCAGUCCAAUGCAAGAGGUGACCAAGAAAGGCGCACUGUUGUGUAAGACAGAUCUUACGGAUGGAAAGACCCAGUGUGACUCAUCCUGCAUGGGGAAAGCCAGUGACAGGUCCUGGAAACCGGUGUGGGUGGAGUUAAGAGGUCACGCCCUCUACAUCUCCAAGGAGAAGAGAGAUCCAGCUAACCUUUGUGACCGUGAUGCCAAUGAACUGCCCUCUUCCCAGCCAAUCAAAAUGAGCGUUACAAACAGGAAUUUAUCCAAAUCUAUCAUGAUUCGAUUCCAGACUCACACGUUUAACUUUGACGAUCAGCCUAUCUCCAUCAAGUCUUGUUUGGUCGACAUUGCCCACGACUACACCAAGAAAAAGAACGUGUUCCGACUCAAGACCUUCAAUGGCUCCGAAUACUUGUUCCAGGCGGACGAAAACAACACCAUGCUGGACUGGAUCCGGUCCAUACAGUCCAACAAUAAUCCAGACGCUGAUGACAAAGGACAGAUGGAAACAGACUUGAUUCUACGGAGCAGGAACCAGAUCGAGCCCCCUGCUGCGGGCCCCUCUCUUACCUCCGUGGGGUCCACUUCUUCCUUGAGGACUUCCCCUCAGGUGCCCCCUAAGGCCCCCAAACAGAGUAGCAAGAACAAGCUCAUCCGCAUACCUCACUCCCCCAGUAUGAGGAAGAAGGGCAAAGAUAAGACCUGGAGUCUAUCAAAGUUUAAGAGUUUUCGUAAAGGCAGCAGUGCCACGUCCAGCGCAGGCGAAUCAGAGAGCAACGACAUGUUUGGUGUUCCUUUGGAGUGUUGUAUUCCGUCACCCAACAACGACUUUGUUCCAAUGAUCGUUGACCUUUGCACUAAGAUCGUUGAGGCGCGGGGGUUAGAGGUCACAGGCGUAUACCGUGUCCCUGGAAACACGGCCUCUGUCAACAUGAUGAUGGAAGAGCUCAACAAGGGUAUAGACAACAUGAAUGUGGACCAUGAGAAGUGGUGUGAUGUCAAUGUGAUCAGUAGUCUCCUCAAGACCUUCUUCAGGAACCUCCCAGACCCACUCAUCACCUCAGCACUCUAUCAGGACUUCAUUGAUGCAAAUCGCACAGAGGAUCUCGAGAUGAGAAUGUUGAAGCUGAAGCGACUCAUUCACAAACUUCCUGAGCAUCACUUUGAGACAUUCAAGCACCUCGCUGAGCAUCUCAAUACUGUGGCCAGUUGUGGACACAUCAACAAGAUGGAUGCGCGGAACCUAGCCAUUGUGUUCGGGCCGACAUUGAUCAAGAAGAAGGACGACGACAUGACCUCCAUUGUCCGGGACAUGUCGGACCAAUGUCGGAUCAUUGAGAGCGUUAUCCUUCAUAAUGAUUGGUUCUUUGGAUCCUGGGACCAGGACAGCUACGUCCCCCUAGAGGAGGGAAGGGAGGACGAUGAGGCCCCCAGUAAUCCCUCUGUGUCCAAGAUGAGCUGUGAUGAUGAUGAUAACACAAUCAAUCCCCGAGAUAUUGUGUCCUCCAUUGUCCAAGCAGCCAAUCAGAAAAUGAGAAAGAAAUCGGCACCAACACUGGGGGAGGACCUAAAUGCCAGCAUGACAGACGGAGGUUUCCGAGAAAGAAAUAUUGACUUGGAAAUAAAACAUCGAAAAAUCAAAUCACAGGCCGAAUUAAAGGCGCGUAGCAGUCCAAACUUGCCAGCAAUGGCUGCAAGCGUGCCGAACACGAGACAACCCACCUCUGAUGGGCUACCAGAGCGACGGCUAGCAAUGUCUCACGAAGGGAUUGAUUCUUCUGAGUGGGACAAAAAGGAGCGAGAGAAAGAAGGGUCGAAUCUGUAUCCCAAGUCUAGACACUUCUCUGACGAUUCUCUCGAUCCACGUGAAGAGUACAGUAGUCAGACUUUUAGUCACUCAACCAUUGAGGCUCUGAGAAAAAUUGAGGAAGAGGCAAGGAAUUUGAGAGAGAAAGAAGAAAGGAGGCAACAAAGAGACAAAGAGAGGUGGAAGAUAGAAAGACAGUGGCAGGAACAGAGUCGCCGGGAGAGUGACAGAGAAAAAAGCAAAAGUAACGAGAAUUUGUUUGAAUUUGGAACAAUUUGGCAUUCCACCUCGGACAUUUUUAAUAAACUUGCGAAAGGAGAAUCCAAGGAAGUGCUAGAAAACAAAUUAUCCACUGAUAGAAACUCUACAGCAAGUGUGUCCGAUAGGUCGGAAAGUUCUCGGAAAAACAGCACGGGAAGUAGCACUGGGGGAAAAUAUUUCGUCAUACAGAGUUUGGGCUCAAGAAGUAACAGUCGUGACCGAUUAGUACAGAGCAGUGGGGAUUCUCCAGUCUUUCCUAGUAAGAGGGCAAGUUCAAUGGAAAGGCUCCUAGAGUCACCCAGAAAAGAUUACUUAUCCCCACCUCCCAGAAACAUUCCUGGAGACAGAGGUCAAUCUAAAAGUGGAGGGAGAGAAAACCGUGAAAAACGCCGCUCAAAGAAAGGACUCAGUAGAAGUGAUUCUGCAAGGAGGAAUUCUCUAGAUUCGUUGAUAGAUAUCGGUCGUCGUAACUCCCACCAUUCCUCAGACUCCGAAGAUGGUUCUGACCUCCUUUCUGAUCUCACCUCCACGUUUGAUCAGAAACUACAAAUUCUUGUGAAUCCAAAGUAUAAACUGAGCGGAAAUGUAAUCAGAAGUUCAAAUGAAGUUCUAGACAAAGAAAGUGCUAUUUCAUGCCUUCCCCCACAAAAACCUUUAGCACAAGCGCAGUGCAAUAAGUUUGGUUUGUGCAGUAGUAAUGACAUGUUGGAAAAGCAAUACAGAGAUCCUAGUCUACAUAGAUCACCAAAAGAUGCCAAAGUAGGGAUAGCUUAUCGCUUUGAAAGAAGCCCCUUGAGCAAUGCACAGCAGAAUACCAUCUCUCCACAAAACAGUGUAGAUGGACAAAGUGACCCCAAUCUAGUGAGCUAUUUUCCACCAGAGGAAACAAGAACCUCUUCCACCACUUUACUCCCAAUGUCAGCACAUGUGCAAGAGAUUCGAGCAAUUAGUAGCAAUAUGUAUGGAUCUAAGGAAUUCCGCUCAAGUGCUAAAUCAGAACGCUCUGAAAUAAGCUUCCCGAUCAAUAGGCAACAGGAGAAACAGUAUCGGGUCCGCUACGAAAGAUCCGCAAGCACUCCAAAAAACUUAGAGUCGGAUACCUGUGUUAUAAGAACAUCAAGCUCUCAGAAACAAGUGUUUUCCCCACCUCCUGAGAGACGGAAAGAAAAACGACAAAAACGACGUCACACCGUGGGCGGAACGGACGACUUGGAACACUUUAAGGCCCUCAUGACCGUGGUUCACCCGCGGAGCAGUAGCGGCAGUGGGUCUCAGAAGGUGUCCGCCUGGGAUCAACUCCAGCCCGCGGUUAAAGACAUGCCGCAGGGAUCUGCUCGGUCCCUGUUGUCAUGGCUACAGAACGAGAGGCUUCGGGGAAGCACACCUGAUCUCUCAGGGGAUCAAGAAUUGAGGCCAAAGUUUUUUUAAUGAUAUUUGUGUGUUAUAUCGUAUGUAUAAGAAACACUUGCUUUUUUACAUUGAGCCCGAGGCUGAACUUGUUUUUUUUUUAUUUGGUGUUGAUUUCAUCAUGCUUCUCUGUGGUGUGUUUUGUAGUGGCACUAUUCCCAUGUAAUGUACAAAUCAAAAGAUGUACAUAUAAAUCAAAACUAUCAUGAGUUGUUUUAUUUUGGUCGAUAGAUUUUGUAGUCAGCAGUGACCCGAUUGAAAUCUUACGAAUUCAAAUGCACUUUAAAAAUGGCAAUAUUACGUGAACACUAGUUUUUAAUAUAAGGAAGUCUUUUUUUAUGUUUUUCUUUAAAAAAAAAAGGAAAUCUUAACUGUACCAGGAAGAUAAUUUGAAAUAUUUCAUAAAGUACAGAAAUGAUUUCUAAUCGAGAAUUACAUUUCAUUGUUCCCAUGCUGGACGAAUGAUGUGAAUUUAAGAUAUAUAUGUGCUGGUCGCAGAAAUACAAAUAUUAAUCAAGUAUUGUGUCAUUUGUAAAUCAACGAAACAAACUUGAUGAGUUUUGUAACAGACUGGAAGUACUUUACAGCAUUUUAUCCCUAUUUCGGAUUUUAUAAUAUUUUUGUAUGGUCCUUCCACUGUGUUUGAUCGAUGCUAAACUUGUUUAUUUUUAAUUAUUGGUUUAAAUAUUAAUUUGUUCAUUGUUUACUAAUGAUACAACUGCAUUUAUCUAAACAGAACUAUUAUAUGAAUUCAUUUUUUUAAAAACAUUUUGACAACAUGUACAGUGCAUGUUUAAAUUAGUGCUAAUGUCAAGCAAUUUUUUUCAGAAAUGUCAAAAUCCUUUGAAAAUAUUUUGUACUUAAAAUGUGUUGUUUAAUUUUGGAAGAAAAAUAUAAUUAUAUUAUGUUCAUGUUUUUGAGAAACAAAAUGUCAAAUUAUUUUUUUAAAUCUAUUUCAUUGACUUAAAAAGCAAUAACCUAAUACCAAGUUAAUGUUAACCUGUGUAUUAAUUUUCAUCAUCAUUUUGUGAAUGAGAAAAUGAAAGUUUAUUGAAGGUGAACUAAUAUGACCGAGUUGUGGUCGCUUAUCCUUUGUUUGGCAGUCUUCCAUGACAAAUUGCAUCGCAUCAUGUUUAUUUUUGUCUAUUUAAUUGUUGUUGCCCAAAUGAUUUUUUUUGUAUUGUUGAGGAUUCUGCAAUGGUUGCGUUGAUUUUACAGAAAUUGUUAUUUUAUGCUGUACAGUACUCAAAUAACAGGAGGAUAGUUCUAAAAAUAAAGAAAAAUAUGCAGUUUCA